AUGCUGGCUCCUGGAAAGAAGGAGCGGAUGUAUCAGUGGAACCGUUGGAGCCACAGUGGGGUCAUCCUUUCCCAAAUUAAGAAUGCUCCGCAGACCAUGUACGCUGACGAUAUCCAACAGAAAGAGCUCAUCCACAGCCACGCAAAGAGAGAUAAAAGUGGCUUUGCAGCUGUGCCCGUCGAAUCGCAGGUCAAAAAGGUGGACAUCACUCUGUACGGCGCAUUCAUUCGGGGUCCCAAGUCAAGCCACAGUGACAUCUGGGCGUUUAACGGCCACCGUAUCACCACACAGAAGGGGAGCCCAACUGUUAAAGCACUCUGGACUGUCGCCUAA